AUGCUAUCUGGAAAGUUUAGUAUGGUAGCAGGCCUCUUGGGGAUGUCAAUUCACUCCUAUAAAGAUUGCCAUGGCACCACCGGAACGAUUGCGUUGUGUUUGGGUCUGACCCAUGCACUGGUUGCUAUCCAACGCCAGGUCUUCUCCAUCCGUGACCCUCUGCAGUUUUACGGCUUUCUGGCUCUCCUGGGACUCGUCGCUACAAUAGUCUUUACAGUUUUCCGGCGUUGUUUCUAUGAGGUCUUCAUUCGAGUGCAUUACGCGCUUGCGCUCCUUGCCCUCAUUUCGCUGUGGCGCCAUUUGGACAGGGGAACCGCCUUUCCUAGGCUCUACGUCCGUGUAAGCGCCUUGGGAAUGAUAUGUUCAACAUGUCUGCACUGGGCUCUCCUCCUGCGACGGAAUGUGACCGCAAAGAAGUUCGGCUGCGAGGCUCGCGUGAUACCUAGAGGUGGAGCAACGGAGAUUGUGUUAACGCUAGCCAGGCCUUUAAGAGCUCGGGCAGGGCAAUAUGUCUACAUUUGGAUACCCGCUAUCUGCCGCUGGGCAGCAAUACAAAGCCACCCUUUCACGAUCAUCUCAUCUGAGAUAGAUAAGCGCAGUGGGGUGGAGACACUCUUUCUCCUGGUGAAAGAAAGAGCUGGCUUCACAAAGAGGUUGGCUUCAGCACGCAAUCAGGGACCCUACCUGGCAUGGGUCGAUGGGCCUUACGGCCACACCUAUACGGUUAGCCCGUACGAUGCCUUCCUCAUGGUGGCUACGGGGAUUGGAAUUGUGGCGCAGAUCCCAUUCAUCAGAGAGAUACUUGAUGAACACUCGUGUCAGCCUGGCCGCAGACGGAGUAUUUUUAUCGCCUGGGAAGUCGACGAGAUGGUACACCUUGAUUGGGUUAAGAAAUGGAUGGACAAGCUCCUAGAACAGGAUUGCGGAUCUUACAUUCUUCGGUUCGGGCUCUAUUUGCCUCCCGUUGAUAACGUCAAAAUGUCACCAAUAUCGGAUGGCGAGCACAAUCGGAUCUGGAAGAUACACGCCCCUUUGGACCCAUUGAAAGUGAUAUCUCAUGAUUUCUGGAAUAGUGGCGGCAAAAGGCUCGUGACAGUAUCUGCAAAGACCACAGUGCGAGAUGCAAUCCGCGAACUUGCUCGAAAGAAUAUGAAUAGCAGGAUGAAACUUGUUGAUUUGGACUUCCAGGCAUUCAAUGAUUCAUCUCAACGCUCCCAUGCUAUGCCCUAA